AGCGCGCCGUGGCGUGUGCAGACGCGGCCACCACCCGUCCGCAGCAUGGCCGUGGCGGGGCCGCCGCCCACCGCCGCCGCUAUCCCCUCUUUUGCCGUGGCCUGCGGCCUGGUGUGGCAGCGUUAUUCGUGCCUGGUGGUGGCGCCGCACCGCAGGCACGUCGCGCUGGCGCCGCGCUACCUGGGCCGCAAGCGCACCGGCAUCCGCGCCCAGCUGGACGCCGAGCUCCUGCGGUACUCGGAGAGCCUUCAGGGUGUGCCGGUGGCUUACGACAAUAUUAAAGUGGUGGGCGCGCUCGGGGACAUUUACGACGACCAAGGAUUCAUCCACCUGAACAUCGAGGCUGAUUUCGUGAUCUUCAGCCCCAAGAAAGGGAAGAAACUGGUGGGUGUAAUUAAUAAAGUGGCCCCUAGUCAUAUUGGCUGCCUGAUACAUGGAUGCUUCAAUGCUUCUAUCCCUAAACCUGAACAAAUGUCAGUUGCACAGUGGCAAGACCUGGGGUUAAAAAUAGGCGAUGAACUGAAAUUUCAAGUAUUGCACUUAGAUUCUGAUGCAGCUGGGGUGUUCUUCAUUCGAGGAGGACUCACUAAAAGCCGCAUGAAGCCUAAAAAAUCUGGGGCUGUCACUGACAGUGCAAAUGGAGAUGAAACUCAAAAGCUUGACCACCAAGAAAAUAGCUUGAAUGACUCUGUGGGAGAUAAUGUUACAGAGAAGCCAUUUGAUGAGACUAGUAACACUGGGAAGGAAAAUGCGGAAGAGCAAAGCGUCAGUGCCAUGAAUGGAUUAUGUGAUGAUAAAAACAAGAAGAAGAAAAAGAAAACACAUAAGCCAGAAGAAAAUGUAUUGCCUACCACUGACUCCAGUGGUUACCAAAGUGACCAUAAAAGGUCAAAGAAAAGAAAGCAUUGCAGUGAAGUUGAAGCAAGUGAAUUAUCUCAGCUGUCACAAGAACCCAAAGCUAAAAAAACUAAAAAGGAACUACAGUCUCAAGUGCCUUUCCUGAAUAAGAGUUCAGAUGUUUUUGAUAAGCUGUCACAUAGCAAGGAGAAGGUUAGAAAGUAAAAUUGUAUUUUGUCCUAUAACUGUAUUGAUAGUUACAUCAAAGAAACUAUCAGGUGAUCUAGAGAAAACACAUGCAGGUAUUUUUCCUGUUUUAACAGUAGGUUGUCAACAAAGCCAAUAUUCACGUCUGUCUAUGGUUGUUAAUCUUUUGUCUAUGUUAUGAAAAAUGUAGUUCCAACUUAACCAGCUAUUGUGAGUUUCUAAAGCAAGGUCAACUUCUUUGUUGUGUUACAAAUAUUUUGAUUCUGCAAACAUGUUUUUAGAGUAUUGAAUGCCUUUGGCAGGAGAGCAAGUGCUCUUAGAAAAAAGUAUUUUUAGCUGUUAUUAAAACAAUUGUUCUGCACUCUGUGAAGCCUGCAGUGAUCUGCAGUAUUAUCUUUUGCCCUUUGUCUUUUCCUUGCUUCUUUUAGAACAAAUUCUUUGCUUUUGGUUUGGCAGUUUUCUGUUGCUCAAAAUAUGCAGCCCAAACAGACCAGUGGAUGAGCUCUAAGGAAGGAUUUUUUUUAAAGGGCCUAAGUAAGCUAGCUGCCUUUUGGAAAACAUGAGCCUUGAUCAAAACUGCCUCUGAAUAAAUGGUUUGCCUUUGGAAGCAUCCCAACCUUUGACAGCCCUCAGACAGUACAGACCGUUGUUGUAAAAAGCAUGGGGGUAGUUAGAUACCCAAACUGUUAGAGCUCAUUUUUUUCCAUAUACCUGUGAAGAGGUUAUGUGAUCUGAUGCUCUCAGGAUUUUUAGGGUUGGCUAUGAAAGGGCUGAAAUAGUUUCAUUAUAACAAGGCAUAUAUUUUUCUUACCAUAAUGUUGAUUCUAUUCUGCUUUUUAGCUUUUGGAAAUUCUGUCAUUUCAAUAAAGCCUGAAGGAAUUGA